UCGUCCAUACCGGAAGAGUCCGUGUUUACAGCACGUUAGCAUACUAGUCCAUUUGACAAGACAUGAGAGGUAGUCUGUUUCUCGCAUUUUUAUUGAAAACUAAAAUCAUUUAGUUUUAUUCGCUUAAAUUAAAAAUAUAAUAAAGUGCUUUAUGGUUGUUCGGGAGCCUUUAAGCUACGGGGAUACGUAGCAAUGGCCAGCUGGCUCAGGCAACUGGUAAACUAAACGCUGGCUAACCCCUACUAGCAGCCAAUAGACAGUUGUGGGGCGAAAGAAGCCAUGGGCGCCGAGAACAGCACCGUGCGAAGUUGCACGCCGGAGGAGCCACUCCUGAGCUUACCCUUCGGACUCACCAUGUUCUCUGCGGUGCUCCAGGACGGAAGAGCCGCUUCCGUGUUUGUUCACAAACGCGGCAAUGAAGAUAAAGUCAACAAAGCUGCUAAGCACUUGAAGACCCUGAGACACCCAUGCCUACUGCGCUUCCUGUCCUGCUCGGUGCAGGAUGGCAGCAUCCACCUGGUGACUGAGCGCGUAAAACCUCUGGAGCUGCUGCUGGACAGCCUCUCCCCUGAAGAAAUCUGUGCUGGAAUCUAUGACCUCUUGCAGGCACUUGUCUUCCUGCACGAGAGGGGUAAAUCGAGCCACAACAACAUUUGCAUCUCAUCCAUAUUUGUCAGUGAAGAUGGACAUUGGAAGCUAGGAGGGAUGGAGACGGUCUGCAAAUUCUCUGAAGCAACUCCAGAAUUUCUUGUCAGCAUUCAGAACGUGAGAGAGGCCAGCUGUGUUCCUCCUGAAGAGCAGGUGGAGGGCUUUAAAAUGCUUCUAGACAAACAUGCUCACUCUCGGGAUUGUUACUCUUUCGGUUCCAUGCUGGAGGCCCUCCUCCCUCUCUUAAGUGGUUAUGUGUCCCAGGAGCUGUCCGACAGUCUGAUAAAGACCCUGCAGGCAGGCCCACUGAACUCUGACCCCGUAUGUCGCCCUCUCCUCAGCUCCCUACUGACUCAUGAUUUUUUCAGGAAUGAUUUUCUGGAAGUGAUGAACUUUCUGACAAGCCUUACCCUUAAGACGGAGGAAGAAAAAAAUGAGUUCUUCAAGUUUCUACUCGACAGAGUACAGAGCCUGCCAGAGGAGCUGUUUGCUGUGCGUCUUGUCCCCAAACUCCUCAACUCCCUUGUAUUUGCUGAACCAAUGGCCGUCAAAAGUUUCUUGCCACAUCUGCUAAAGCCAAAGAAGGACACAGGUGGUAGCGGCGACGAAUGCCUACUGUCUGUGGCCCUUUACCGCAAACAUGUCAUCCCGCAGCUUCUCAAACUCUUUAAAGUCAACGAGGAGCACGUGAGGAUUGUGCUGUUAGCGCACCUCCACAUCUAUGCACAGUUCUUUUCUCGCGACGAGCUGAAGAUUCAGAUCCUACCUCAGGUUUUGCUCGGAAUGAGAGACACCAAUGAUGCUCUGGUUGCCAUGACGCUGCAGAGUCUGGCUGUGCUCGUACCUCUGCUGGGUGCUCAAGUGGUGGUUGGAGGAGAGAGAACAAAGGUCUUUAAACGUACCACCCCCAAAUUCACACGGUCUGCGGAGACCACACCAGAAACAUCACCCAUCCAUAUCAUUGGAGGCUCCCAUCCUCAGAUGGCACAGCCGAAAGUGUUGAAUUUGUUCCCCAGACCACCAGGGAGUGAAAACUCCAUCCAUGGCAACACAGGAAGCUUUUUGGGGAGCAGAAAUUACCCACUGGAAUCGAAAUUAGGCGGUAGUGAAGAGAUGCCUCUGCCUUUAAAUGGCUUUCGUCAGGAUGGUGAUAUAGACUCUUAUAUCCCGGAGCAGCCAGCACACAUUCAGAAAGGCCCUGUGGAGGACUGGCCCGACUGGAGUGACCCAGAUGAGGGCGAGGACGUAAAGAACAAACCAGUCCAGCUCCUCAGUGAGGUCUCAGAGAAACCAGACAGAGUCACCAUAACACACCAGAGUGUCGAAGAGGACGAACCUUGGGAUGACUUUGACAACACUGAAGCAACAUCUUGUGCUGCUCCGCCAUCAGACCGUGUGUUCACAAAAGCCAGAGGUGCCACUCCACCUGUGAAACACACCACUGAGCCUCUCAGACUUGGAUUGUCCAAACCUCUGAAAUUGAGCUCAAUACUGCAACCGGGCAAUGAAAGCAAGACCGCCUCAUCAUGGGACGGUGUUUGGACUCAAGAGGAGAGCGAGGCUGACCUCAAACCAGCAGGGCCACAGAAACACGGGGUCCUUGAAAGUCUAGGGGAGGAGUUCACUAUUAAAGUGAAAAAGAAGCUCGAAGUCGACCCAGAGCUGGAUUUGUUUGCAGACAUGGUGCCAGACAUCAAGCUGUCCUCAUCGGCUUUGGUGACACUGAGAGCAAGCGGCGGCACAGGACAGACAGACAACUCAGCCAUUGACACAACACUCUCUGCCAAGUUUGCAGCCACCAGUGUGACGGAGACUGAAGCAGAUGGCUGGGACGAUGGCAACGACCUCAGCUGGGAGGAGGAGAACGGCUGGGGAUGACAUAUCAGGAUCCGAUACAGGAACAGUCAAAAGAACUCCAGAUGAACACAGGCCCAAUUCUCAGUUACCAAAACUCUGAAAGAGUGGCUUUUUGUGUUUGGUUCUUAAAACACACUUUCAAGUCUUUGGUAGUAAGGUGAAUUGAUGUCAAACUGGAAUCAAAACAAGUGGAGGGGACAUGAAUGAAGCCAUUUUUAAUUGCUUGCCAACUGACGGAUCUAGGUGAUAAGUGCCAUCAUCACAGGUGAGGAUCUGGAUUUCCAUUUUAUUGCAAGAGGUUUGAUAGCCUGAAGGCUUGCACUUUGAAUGAAUGUGAAGUAUGAAUUUGAUAAUUUAUUAGUGGCUUUUUUGGUUGCUGGUGAAAUAAAGCGUUUAUUGGAAAAUAUAUUGUCUAAUAAGAAGACUGGAUGUGGACACAAUGUACAGUAUAUGCCACUGAAAGAUAGCACAAUUGUGCAGUCGUGCUACCUUGUGAAGUUGGUCCUCUAAGUCAAAGUUGUCAAAAUGUGGUGACAAUACAACUUUGGCUGAUGUAAGAUCUGAGGUACUGUUGUAAAUACUCAAAAUUUAAAUGUUUCUAAUAAAACUGAGCAAAAAUAGCAAA